AAUCAGAGCGCUCGGUGGGCUGUUAUUCGGUUGUCACUCAGGCCUUUAUAAACUCUGUGUACCUCGGACGGAGGUUAUUUUUCUUCGUCUCCUUCAGCCGUAAAGACUAGAACAGAAAUCAACGAUGCUGCCUGUAGCCGUGUUGGCCGUGUGCCUCAGUGCCGCCCUGUCGGCCCCCAGCCUGGACCCCCGGCUGGACGACCACUGGGACCUGUGGAAGAGCUGGCACAGUAAAAAAUACCACGAGAAAGAGGAGGGCUGGAGGAGGAUGGUGUGGGAGAAGAACCUGCAGAAGAUCGAGCUGCACAACCUGGAGCACUCCAUGGGAACACACACCUACCGCCUGGGCAUGAACCACUUUGGAGACAUGACUUACGAGGAGUUCAGGCAGAUCAUGAACGGCUACAAGCGUAAAGCAGACAGGAAGGUGAGAGGAUCUCUGUUCAUGGAGCCCAACUUCCUGGAAGCCCCGCGCUCCGUCGACUGGAGGGACAACGGCUACGUCACCCCCGUCAAGGACCAGGGUCAGUGUGGCUCCUGCUGGGCCUUCAGCACCACCGGAGCUCUGGAGGGUCAGAUCUUCAGGAAGACCGGCAAACUGGUGUCCCUGAGCGAGCAGAACCUGGUGGACUGCUCCAGACCGGAGGGCAACGAGGGCUGCAACGGAGGUCUGAUGGACCAGGCCUUCCAGUACGUCCAGGACAACCAGGGUCUGGACUCUGAGGACUCCUACCCGUACCUGGGGACGGACGACCAGCCGUGUCACUACGACCCGUCCUUUAACUCGGCCAACGACACCGGCUUCGUGGACGUGCCCAGCGGGAAGGAGCGCGCUCUGAUGAAGGCGGUCGCCGCCGUUGGACCCGUUUCUGUCGCCAUCGACGCCGGACACGAGUCCUUCCAGUUCUACCAGUCAGGAAUCUACUAUGAGAAGGAGUGCAGCAGCGAGGAGCUGGACCACGGCGUGCUGGUGGUCGGUUACGGCUUCCAGGGAGAAGACGUGGACGGCAAGAAAUUCUGGAUCGUCAAGAACAGCUGGAGUGAGAAGUGGGGAGAUAAAGGCUACAUCUACAUGGCCAAAGACAGGAAGAACCACUGUGGGAUUGCGACGGCGGCCAGCUAUCCUCUCGUCUAACGUUUGCACAGCUCCACUUUAGUGUUUUUUAUUAAAGCGAUCGUUGGGCUGAAGGCCUCGGCCACGGACGCCAUCGGCAGGAGAUUCUGCCAUGUUUCAGGAGGAAACACUGUUUGUUUGUUUGUUUGUUUUUAGGGAAAUGGCGCCAUUCUGUUCUUGGCUGAUUUUAACGCCACUUUAUUUUGUCUGAGAAGAUUUUAGCCUUUAGCGUUUUAUUCUUUGUAAAUAUGUGUAUGCUACUUGGUGAGUGAUGACGUUAACACUUGCUUCGGUCAUUGUAAAUGGAUUAUUUUUGUUUUCUACUUUUACUGUGAUCAAUUAAAGUUGUGAAACACUA